CUGCACGACUUGAUUUCUUAACAUCGAAAAACCGUCAUAAUCAAAUAUUACAUUCCUAAUUAUCAUAUUGAGUAUUUUGUUGAUUUCCGAAAGGAUAUAAAUAAUAAUUAUUAUUUAUCGCUGUAGUAGAUAAUUUCGGUGAAGGAAAUGGCUCAUGUUCACUCGUUGAUAAUUCUUUUUUUGUGCCGUGUGAUCUUGGGCGAGAGUGGUUGGACGAUGGAUUACGAUGUAGAUGGCGAUUUGAGUUUAGACGAUUUAGUGAAGAAACUCGGAUACGACGGUAUUGAAUCGUACUAUGGUACCGCUCCAGACGGCUACAUCAUAAACGUCAAACACAUCAAAAGAGAGAAUGCGCAAAAUUUAAUGCCUGUACUUUUCGUACAUGGACUUACAGCAUGCGCAGAUAGCUUCUUCGUGAAGAAAAACGAAUCUGGGCCAAUUUUUCUGGCAGAUCAUGGUUAUGACGUCUGGCUCUUGAACAGCAGGGGUACUAGAGAAUCCAGCAAUCACACUAUACUGAACCCAGACAACGAUAAGGAAUUUUGGUACUUCAGCUGGCAAGAAACAGGCCUCUACGAUCUCCCGUUAGCGAUCGACGUUGUCUUGAAGCAUAAUGUGCACGACAAAUUGUUCCUUAUUGGACAUUCCGAGGGUUCUACCAUCAUUUUCGUCACUUUAUCAGAAAGACCGGAAUAUAAUGAAAAGGUGGCCCUCUCAAUCCAUUGGGGAACGUCGGUUUACCAUAAGGGAUGCUCAUCGGUACUAUUUCUAUCAGCGUUGUGCAAAGUACUUGAGCCGAUGCUUUUAGAUUUAACAGAAAGACUGAGCUUUUUUGGAACUAGACCGAUGUCUAAAUUGAGGGACAUGAUAGUAUUGAUGUGUAGAUAUACAAUAUUCAAGAGCGCCUGUUUUGAAUUGGCCAAAUUUGGCUUACAGAGUGAAGAUUCUCAGAUUCAGUAUGUACGCGAUUGGUCAUUCUACAUUAGUAAGUCAUUGUGUGGAGGCAGUAUUAGGGAACUUCAACACUACAUGCAGGUGGGGCUCACUGGUAGAUUUGCAAGAUUCAGCUAUGGACCUAAGAGAAACCUUCAAGUGUACAAUUCAACAGAACCCCCUCUUUUCCACCUGGAAAACGUCAAAUCUCCAGUCGUUCUGUGGUGUGGUAAAAAAGACGUUUUUUGUGUCGACGAUGACAUGAACAAAUUGAAGUCCCAGUUGCAGAAUGUGGUGACAACAGACUUCAGGGGUCACAAAUUGUUCAGUCACAUCGACUUUCUGGUAGCGAAGGACGUUGAUAAAUACAUCUACAAGGAUAUGCUGGCUUUGAUGAAAAAAUAUUCGACUUAAACUAUUCUUGUUCGAAGAGAAACAGUGAAAAAAUUAAACUGAAUAUUUAUUUA